AUGGAAAAUAUGGUUCUUAAUUUUAAUUAUCUUCAAGGAGAAAAAAUCAAAGUUAUGGCUCAUCCACCAUAUUCACCUGACCUUGCACCUUCAGAUUUUUGGUUGUUCAAUUAUCUGAAACGUGGUCUUGAUACAUACCCAGAUAUAACAAGUUUAGCUAAAAUGUUACCCAGGGAGCUUCGUUCAAUACCUGUUCACGAAUACCAAAAGACAUUCGAGAAAUGGAUUGAAAGGAUGAAACUUCCUAUAGAACAUCAUGGGGACUACUUCGAACAUUUACUGUAA